CGGUAACAAACGUGCUUACGCCCUCUGUUCCUUCUUUAUAAAACAAGGUCGUAAACGAAACGAUGUAGGCCUAGUAGAGCAGGGGGUGUGGUAAUUUCGUGGCUGUCGGUCGGCAGGUUAUUUCUGUUCUGCUAACAUAUCUCUCAAUAUUCAGGCCUCAUGGAUCAAGAAUUUGUGGUUAAAGAAGAAUCAGCUAUGUCAUUGUCAGCAUGCAAAAUGAAGAAUUUACAGAAUCCAGAAAUUAAGGUUAAAAUAGACAAGUACAAUGAAUUUCUCAGUAAUGAGGAUGAGAAUAAGGAACAGUCUGUGGUCAAAACAGAAUUUUUUGGUGCUGAAAAUGAUAACCAUGAAGAGGAAAAUAAGGAUAAUGAGGAUAGGGAACAGGUUGUAGUGAAAACAGAAAUUCUUGUUGCUGAAAACUCUCAUUUACAUACGUGUAUCUAUUUUGGGGAUGAUAACCACGUAGAGGAAAAUCUAAAUGAAUGCAGUGAAAUAAAAGAGAAAAAUGAGAGUUUAAAGAAAUGUUUGAAAAGGAACAAUGAAGAAUUGACACAUGAAUGUGACCAUUGCGGAGAGAAUUUUGAUUUCAUGAAUUUGAAAACACAUAUGGGGAUCAAAACAGAAGAUAAAUCCUUUUAUUGUAUACAUUGUGGAAAGGGAUUUGAUCAAGCAAGCAAAUAUGAAGAACAUAUAAGAACACAUACAGAACAGACACAAUAUGAAAGUGAACAUUGUGCAAAUAUUAAAAUAAAAGAGAAUUUAUUUCAUUGUAUACAUUGUGGAAAUGAAUUUGAUCAAGCAAGAAAAUUGGAAGAGCAUUUGAUAACACAUACAGGAGAGACACCAUACGAAUGUAUUAUUUGUGCAAAGAAGUUUAAAGAUCAUGGAAGUUUAAAAGAACAUUUACAAACAUCACAUACAAAAGAGGUACCUUAUGAAUGUGAACAUUGUGGAAAGAGGUUUAAAUAUAGCCACACUUUGAAAAGACAUUUAAUGAUGAAGUUUAAACCCGGUCAACAUUUUCAAUCUCACAUGGAAGUACAUACAGGAGAGACGCCAUUUGAAUGUGGGGAUUGUGGAAAGAAAUUUAAAACCAGUGACGAUUUGAGAGCACAUUUAAACAUACCAUAUUCAUGUGAACAUUGCGGAGAGAAAUUUAAAGAUAUUAGCACCUUGAAGACACAUUUGAGUGUACAUAAAACAUGUGAAUGUGAACAUUGUGGAAAGAAGUUUAAAGACAGUCGCACCUUUAAAAAACAUUUGAUAAUACAUGAAAGAGAAAGAAUAUAUGGAUGUGAACUAUGUGGACAGAAGUUUAAAGAAAGGAGUACUUUAAAAUCACAUAUGAUAAUACAUUCUGAAGAAUUUCCAUAUGGAUGUCAAGAUUGUGGAGAGAGGUUUAAACACAAUGACAAUUUGGUAACACAUUUGAUGACACAUACAGAAACCCCAUAUUUAUGUGAACAUUGUGGAGAAAAUUUUAAAGAAAAUAUACAUUUUGAAACGCAUAUGAGGAUGCAUACACAGGAGUUGCCAUUUGUAUUUGAACAAUGUUGAAAGAAGUGGGGAAAUUUCAAAAUGCAUAUGAAGAUAACGUAACCGAAGAGAAACUGUAUUCAGUGAAAUACAUGUGAUAAUACUGAAGAAAAACCAAUAUGAAUGUGAAGAAACAAUGC